UCAUGCGGAAGUUCCGGGAAUCCUGAUUAACAUGAAAGCAAAAACAGUAGAUUAACUUAAGUUGACGUGACUGUGAUUAGUGUUGAGUAGUUCCUCCAGAAAAAGGCAGCUUUAAAAAGGCAUCAAAAAUGUCGUCGGAGGAAUUCGAGAAAUUGCACGAAAUCUACAAAUCACUGUGUGAGGAGCUCAAGCUGAUGCCAGAGAAAGCUCUGAAAUGCCACGGAGAGGAAAGGAAGAGGCUGGUGAGGACCUUCGAUGAGAGGCAUGGGGAGGCUGAGGAAGUGUUACAAGGAAUGGAAGAAGAGCUGCGUGCUGCACCUUCCUCCUACCGAAAUGCAAUGAGUACCAAGCUGCGCAUGUACCGCCGAGAUCUGGGCAAGCUGCAGAGAGACAUGAAGAACUCUCCUCCUGGCUUUGGUUCGUCUUCCCAGACGUUGGAGGGAAGUCAUCAUGGCAUCUAUUCAUCACAGAACCAACAAAGUACACACGUGCAGUCCCAGAGAGCGUUGCUCCUCCAGGGCUCAGACUGUCUGAACAAUGCCAGCCAGAGUAUUGAACGGAGUCAGCGCAUCGCCGCUGAGACGGAUCAGAUCGGCACAGAUAUCAUCGAGGAGCUGGGAGAGCAGAGGGACCAGCUGGACCGCAGCAGAAACAGAUUGGUGGAUACCGGAGAGAACCUCAGUCGAAGUAGGAAAAUUCUUCGUGCCAUGUCACGGCGGCUGGUGACCAACAAGUUGCUGUUAGGUGUGAUCAUUUUAAUGGAGUUGGCCAUUCUGGGUGCUGUGAUUUAUCUGAAGUUCUUCCGACGAUGAGCAAACUAAACAAAAACAAUCUUAAGCUCUCGAUUCAGAGCAAACCCAGACUCUCUUCAUCCGUCUCCACUGACCCUCCAGCAGCAAUAAUGCUCCUCUGCUGUCUGCAGCCAACUGUUUCUGUGAGUAAAUAAGGACAUUGAGAUGGUUCAGUCCUAAAAUGAACCUUUACUGACAGAGGAUUCUGUCCAUGGGCAGGUGAAGUAUUCAAGAAUGACUAAUGAUGAUUGUUGAACCUCCUAAUGGACCUAACCUACAGAAACUUCACACACAAACCUUUCCCUGAGAUUUGCACAGUUUUAUCAGACUGUUCACACCAGUGAUGCCCUGCAGGGUGAUGUUGUGGACGUGAUGUGAUGUUUGACCUUCUCCCGCAUGUGUAGAUUCUCCAUUCACUGUCCCUGUGACAUGUUACUGAUAGACAUUAGCUUUGAUGAAGUGGCACUAGUUGAAUCUUUUUGUUGUUGUUGUGUCAUCAUGCCCCGUAUCCAAAUACUUGUAUUUAGCUCAUUAUUCCAAUUCUGAGUCCUGACCUGAGGCCAAAUGUUGUCGGUCAGAGAUGUGAAUUAAAAAUGGGUGGAAACUCUUAAUACAUGCAACUUAACUUAACAGUAAAUAAUGUUGUCUAAUCGCUGUGUAAUACAAAAAACAAUCUUAGACAAAGCUUCAGCAUUCCUGAUUUGAUUGUCUCCACAUCAUUAAAGCUAAUCUUUAACCUCGGUCUACAUUGUAUCUGGUAUUUUCAGGGUCGGCCACUGGACCUGACGGCACCGAGAUUUGUUACAACCAGACCAUGGUAGUGCUGGGUGAACGGCACCCGUUACUAUAAUCAUAAUGAUAAGGUUAUUUUUAGUGCCAUGUAAUUGAAGUGGAACACAAUAUUGCCACAAUAUUGUUCUUCUGCAUAGAUACCAAGUGGUGCAAAGUACAAAAACAUGUUUGGUGACCUGCUUUUGUGGAUCAGGUCAGGGAGGGGUCGAAAGAAAUGUGUGAAUCUUUUCUGUUUUCCUUUUUCUGUUUUGCUUUCACGUCCCCUUAAAAAACAACAAAUAAAGUACAACUUGUGCUGUGUCUAACAGUACAUACUGUGGUUGUAUAACUGCAUGUACAUUAUGUUAUAUUUAAUGUGAUAUAAGUGCAACUAAUCAUUAAUGUAACUAUGAUGCCAGCGACACUGAUAACAAUUUAUACCAGUCCAAACAUUGGCCAUUAUUUCUUUAAUGUAUCUGCAUCAUUUUUCAGCGAUAUGCUCUACAGAUAGCAGUGAUGGUCGACCACUUUGGUCCACACUGAAAUAUCUCAACUAUUGGAUGGAUUGCCAUGAUAUUUGGUACACAAUCAGCUUCACUUCAGGAUAAAUUCAGGGCACAACUCUAACUUUGUUUAGUGGUUGCCAACAUGGAAAAUAUGGUUGCCAUUUUAUUGAUUCCCAUCCCAACAUAUUUGUUUUGUGGUGCACUUUUGACUGUUGGCUGCCGCUGAUGGAAUUCAAGGCAGCUCUUUCCGACGAGCCCUAAAUUUGCAAUAACUUUGGCGAUAGUCUAUUUUUUCAUUAGGUCAACGAUACUUUGUCUAACUUUCUGGUUUAUGACCAUUUACUUGCAGAACCAAUGGCAUUCCCAUCAGCCUCAGUUUAUUUUGUACUUGGUUGUAUGCAUUGAAAAUAAAAUGAAACGAACCACAGAGGAAAUAAGACACAUUUACACUAACAAAAAAUGCCAUCACAUUUAUGGAAGCCCAAAAUAUUGUAUAAACUCUUUGUUACAUAGACAAUAGUCGUUUAGUGGCCACAUCAAGUCAAACAUUAGUUCAGAUCAAACCUAAAUCCAAAUCCAUUUUGAAUCAAAGCUGGAUGCUAAUACAUGUACUGCUAGGUUCAUAGUGAAAAUACAAAAGUAAACUCUAAAGAAAAUACAUUAACCACAGCUGGUCCAAAGUGCAAACACAUCAUUUCUAACUUUUAGUAACGGACACAGCCACAAAACAGUUGAGAGAGUCCACGUUAGACCGUGGGCUUGAAAAUAAGUCAAACUUGGUUUAUCAUACCUCUGGGGCAGGUUCAUUCUCUUUUAAACCAAACGCAUAAUAAAUAUGUGGCACCUGUGUCCUCUAACACGUAACUUAUUAUACAUACAGGAGCCAAAUAAGUUGGCAUUGCUGUUUCAAUUAACAGUAUUGCCAUCAAUAAUUUUGUCUGAGCAUUAUCAACGUGAACGUUUUACCUCAAAUAUGUAAAGUCCUUUUUAUAGAUGAAAGAAUUCAGACAUACGUUUGUUUUCUUCAUGAAACAUAACUCUAAAUAGCAAAGAGAUUAGAACAAAACCGUUAGCUACUAUUAGAUUCUUUCUUUACAGUCUUGUAUUCAGAAUUGUUGUGGAAUGCUCAGGGAUGAUGUCGGUAAAGUUCAAAGCUUUGCUUCGUGCUCUCAGAGGCGAAGCUGCUCCGUGUCGUCCUUCACAGAGGGAAUCUCAUCGAUGGAUGCGUGAGCGCCUUCUCUCGUCUGUCCCAGACACGACGCGAUGACAUCCACCGCUAGAGAGGCGGUGGCCUCCACCGCUUCACGGCUGGCCCCCAGCAUCGGAUUUACCUCCACCAGGUCCAUGGCUGACAGCAGACCUGAACACAUUCACAAGUUGGAUACUAAUACGUGACGAUAAGAGGAAAAUAGACAAUAUAAGGUUAUGUGACGCUGCCUACAUAGGAUGUUGCGACCAUGUUUGUAGUCAUCUGUACCUGUGUUAUGGAUUUCCUCUGUGAUGUAGAUUCCUUCCCUGUAGGUCAAACCGCCGUUCACUGGUGUUCCUGUGGCCGGAGCCAGAGACGGGUCGAACGCAUCGACGUCAAAGCUCAAGUGGAUUGGUCGCUGUUUUCUGUCCAAGGUGAGACAAUUCAAGUGUGAAUUUGAGGAUCACUUCAACUCAGACGUGAGGAAUAAUUUGGUUUUCAUCAUAUAUGAAAAAACUAAAACUUUCAGUAGAAGUUAAACAUUUUAAAAUGUUUAACAGUCAGGGAAUAUAAUCAGUUACCUCGACAAAAGAUGGUCAAGAGUGACUUCCAUGACCCUUUGGAUGCCAAGUCUGUCGAUAUCCCUCAUGGUGAAGUACUGGAUGCCCAGGUCCUUCAGGAUGUGGCUGUAAUAAACAGGAUCAGAAAUAUCAAGAACUAUUUCCACAGUGCAUUCAGGGAGAGUUGAGUUCAUUUCAGCCACAUAUGGUAAAGGUUGAUGUUGUGUACUUACUGCUCUCCGGGGUCAACAUCCCGCAGUCCAAUGUAGACCAGGUCCCUCGAGGAGAGGAACGGCUUCGUCCAGGAGAACCCUGGGAUAUCUGGCAUCUGUGGUGGA